AUGGACGGCGACGGCGACUACGACGGCGGCGAUGGCGCCUACGACUACGACGAGCCCGCGGGCGGCGACGACGAACCGGAGGCUGAGGAUGCGGAGAUGCCCGAGGGGGGCGUCGAGGUGCUCGAGCACGCCCCUCAGCAGGGCGGCGGCGCCGUCACCGAGCGCACCACCACGCCGUACAUGACCAAGUACGAGCGCGCGCGCAUCCUCGGAACCCGCGCGCUGCAGAUCUCGAUGAACGCGCCGGUGCUGGUGCAGCUGGACGGUGAGACGGAUCCGCUGGAGAUUGCCGGGAAGGAGCUUCGAGAGAAGCGGAUCCCGUUCACGGUGAGACGGUACCUACCCGACGGGUCGUGGGAGGACUGGGGCGUGGACGAGCUCAUCGUGGAGGACCCGGACAGGCGCAGGGGGCUCUGA